UGUGCUUCCGUAGCGCCUCAAAAGACGUAGAAGAAGACCCUCAAAGCUAUCGUGUCGCAGGGAUUAUCCUAGGUUCUUGUUUUAUUACUUUCGUUAAAAUGUCUGUAUGUCAUUUUUUUCUUCAAGGAAGAUGUCGGUACGGAGAGAAAUGUUGGAAUGAGCACCCGAGGGGAGGCCGAGGCAGCGGCGGAGACUACCAGCCCGGACACCAGUCUAACCAGUCUAACCGCGGAGGCUUUGGGAACCGGGUGUGGAUUAACCCCUCCCAGCGCUCUGGUGGAGGGGGUCGCCCCCAUCCCUCCACCCCCUCACGUGGUGGGGUCGACUGGGGUGGAGGCAGCAACGGUGCAGGUGGAGGCUUUGGAUUUUCCCAGAACAGGUUCUCAACCCUGAACUCUCAGAGUAACUUCGAUGGCGGAGCAGGCUCAGGAGACGAAAACGAGAAGCACCUGGAAGCCAUCCAGAAGGACAUGGAAGUGUGGCAGAGCUCUGGCCAGUGGCCAUUUUCCACCUACUCCAUCCUCAAGGCCCCCAUCUCAGGGUUUGUGGAGCUCUCGCCUGAAGAGCUGAGACUGGAGUACUACACCAGAAGAUCUUCUGGAGAUGUUGAGUCCUACAUUAACUCUGUUCAGCAGCUGGCCAACCAGUGGAGAGACAGAGUCCAGGAGCUCAGGAUCAUGAACCCCUCCACACGUGUGGCCAUGACAGCAGAAUUGAGCAAUCCGAGACCAUCAGGUGGAGGGCUGUUCAGUUCAUCAUCAUCAGGGUUUAGUUUGUCAUCUUCAUCUGGCUUUCAAGCUGGAGGGUUCGGCUCAAGUCUGCAGAGCAGUGCUACUUUUUGUUUCUCCUCGGCCACUACAGGAUUCGGCUCAAGCGGCGCCCGGCCCGGCCCGUCUGGAUUCGGAUCAGUGGGAGUGUUCGGUUCUGCCGCGACACCUGCGACCCCAUCUGCCUCUGCUUUUUCCUUCACUGCUCCUGCGGCUGCUAAGACGUCUGCUGCUGUGUCUGGCUCGGUCGCCGGCUUCAGCUUCUCCUCCUCCUCCACGCCGUCUGCCUCCGCAGCAGGGUUGGGGAGUGGCUUCGGGUCCUCCACUCCAGCAGGGGGCGGUGUCUUUGGCCUGGUGACUGGCAGCAGUAGUGGGUUCAUUGGAGGGGCUUCAGAACUCUACACCCCUCAGAGUGAGCUUACCGCGAAUGAGCUGAAGGAGUUCACAGCUGCGCGUUUCACCCUGGGACAAAUCCCCCUUCGACCCCCACCCGCAGAGCUACUGACAGUCUGAGCUGGACACGUGCGGAAGGACAUUUGCGCAUCUUUGAACUGUCGUUUCCUGGAAGUGCUGAAGGUCUGUGGAUCACAGCCUGCAGCAUACGUAGGCACUUUGGACAUCUUGGAUGUUUAGAGCUGUGGGUUAAUAAAUGUUUGGAUAAAUGACUACUUCAGUGUUUUUAAUAACUUGAUAAUUUAGUUCUGUAGAGAAUCAAAUUAAUUUAAAUAAACUUGUUUAUUUAUGUGCAUUAA